GCCAGGGAAAAUCCAAAGUACGCUGUCCAAGCUGGUAGAUAGAUCAGAAGAAUGAUAAGAUUCAGCUUUUCUUUAUUUGGAGUGUAAUCUGUUCAUCCGCAGUUCCGUGUCAAAAAAAAAAUUGUACUCCGGAAGAAGGUCAUAUCCAUAAGAAAGAAUUGUAGAACCAAAAGCUUGCCACUCAGUUGGUCGACACACCCAAUAGGAGUCAGCAUUUCGGCUAUAGUGGUCUGGUUUCAACAUUAGUACAUUAAGUUGAGAAACAGGAACUCAGGUAUAGAAAUAAGAUUUUUUCUUUCUCUGCUCAUUCCUUAUGAUGCCAAAGGACGUAAAUUCUAAUCCAACAGUGGAUGUCGACAUUAUCAGCGAUUCUUCCUCUUUCGACAAUGUUGACGAUCCAACAGCCACAAGAAGCCAUGGAGGUUCGUUAUGGCAUGCCUAUGUGAACAUUGUCUGCAUAGUAGCGGGCACUGGAGCGCUGUCCCUCCCAUAUGCAUUGAAACAAGGCGGUUGGAUCGGAAUUCUGAUUCUCUUCCUGGCCUGGUUCAUGUCUAUUACGACAGGACGCCUGCUUGUUAAAUGUCUGUAUGCAGGUGGCCCGAAACGUUUGUCUUCCUACAAGGACAUUGGAACAGUGGCUUUUGGUCCCAUUGGCGGAUGGGUGAUUUUCUUCUUUAACUUCAUUAUCCUGAUUGGAGCCUCCAUUCUGUAUUACGUUUUGAUCGGCCAGAACCUACAUUCACUACUCAAAGGUACUCCGGGAGAAUUGACGCUUGCUCUGUGGGUAAUCAUACCGGGCGUCGUGGUGGCCAUACCUUUUAUUUUCAUUAAGUCAAUGAAGGAAGUAGCGUUCACGUCGGCCAUAGGCGCUUUUGCGACUCUUGCUGUUGUGCUCAUCGUGCUCAUCAGUUCGCUCCAAAAUCUGCCAACUGGACCUAUUGAACACGAUGACGUUAUUUGGGACCAAUUCCCAGUUGCUUUAUCCACCAUCGCAUUUAGUUUCGCUGGUAAUAUGGUCUAUCCCAAUGUCGAACGAUCCAUGAAAAACCCACAACAAUGGAACAAAGCCGUCACUCUGGGUUUGUCCAGUUGUUCCGUCAUGUACUUCCUAACAGCUGUGCCCGGGUAUUAUAUUUACGGAACCACCGCAUUAUCGCCAGUUUACAAUAAUUUGGCAAACCAAGGCGCGCGAAUGGCGUCUCAAAUCAUCAUCACCAUACACGUUUUACUGGCGGUUCCAAUCCUUCUCACAUCUCUAUCAUUGGAUUUCGAAGCUAUGUUCGGCAUUACACAAGAGCGACGAGGGAAGACUGGAGAGUUUUUAAUGCGUGCUUCACUUCGUAUUAUCAUCAUGGUGGUCGUUUGCAUAGUGGCUAUCUACGUCCCAUAUUUCGGAGAUCUAUUGUCCCUUAUUGGUUCGUUUUCCAACUGUCUGUUGGUUUUUACCUUUCCAGUUGUGUGCUACCUGAAGCUUACAGGCGUGCGAAACAAACCCAUCUACAUGCUAGCUUGGUACGCUUUGACUGUACUGCUUGGAAUCGUUGGUCUCAUUUUUGGUACCAUUGAUGCUGUGGAAGCUCUCAUAAACGAUUUCCAAGGAGCAGCAUAGGUUGGGCAUAGUAGAGUUACCUUUGAAAUAUGUGAUCAUAUACCGUCAUUAAUUUUGCAAUUGUACAUAAGAACGCACGCAGUAUAGAUACCCAUUCCGUGGCCGUAAAAAAAAUUGAAUAAAUUUAUUUACUUUGCACGAACGUUUAGAAGGAUUUAAAGAGUA